AUGCUCAUGAGUGACUUGAACAUCAACAGCAGUAGCAGUAGCCGAAGACAAACUCAUCGAUGCCCUCGUCAACAAGAUCAUGGCCAAGCUAUCCAACCAGGCCAACCCCAUCUCAGCCCACUCGAGACAGACGUACUCAUCCGCCAGUCAUGCAGCACACUAUUCGAGAUGUGCUGCCAGCGACUGCCUUGCGUCAUCCAAAAACUACUCCAGGAACUAGCCUCACCCUCCCACCCCUUCACCUCCGACGAACAGACGGGCCUCGUCAACCAUCUGCGCACACAGCUCUUUGUCAUCAAGAUCCUCUGCUACUGCAUGUCAUACCACUGGGCCUGGCACCGCGACCAGGUCGCCCUCGCCAGCCACGACCCACCUCCCACGCCCCACCACCCCAGCCAGGCCCCCAAACCAUCGCUCACAGACUGGGUCGACUCCCCCCAGCUUGACGACAACCUUGCCAAGCAGCUCGUCGCCACCAUCAGCUUCUUCCUCAAGGCGCACCAGCACUUCGAAGACGCCGGCGCCGCCCUCGGACCCAUCGCCACCCUGGCCGCCGCAAACCCGCACUCGAUCUUCGGCCCCGCCCCCGACAGAGACGGCGACGAGAAGCCGAUCGUCCCCUCCCUCAUGGGCGACAUCCUCACCCAGGUCUCCAAGAUCUGCUUCUUCGUCUCCGCAUCCAACUGGACCAUCGUCACCGGCAAGAUCAAGAACCGGAUCGCCUGCUGGUCCGGCCCCGAAGAGCUCCCGGACCGCUCAGAGACCCGGCUGCUCGAGUUCUGCUCGCUCAACCGCCACCGGCUCAGCUCGAUCGUCCGCGAGCUCUCCGCCCAGUUCGUCCACCUCAAGCGCGCCGCCCAGUCCGACAUCGCCCUGGCCCUCAGACGCUCGAUCUGGAACUGGAUCGAGACCUAUCCGAACGAGUAUGCCAGCCUGGUCCGCUCCAACGGCCGGCUCGAGGGCGCCCCAGACGUGCUCUUCGAAGUCGCCCACGGCCUGUCCCAGAACGGCAAGAAGCGCGCAUACACCUGGCCGACGAUGCCCAUGCUGCUCGCCGUCUGCCCCGACAUCGUCCUCAGAUCACCGUCGGCGACCGCAACCGCUCCCAAGCCGGCCACCUUCUCGCCCAAGAUGACCGCCGAGGGCCCCGGCCUGCGGCUGCUGGCUUUAGACCUCGUCGGCGACCUCAACUCGCGCCUGCUCGACCCCUCCAAGCCGUUCACCAACUCCGAGGGCGUCGUCGAGAUCCCGCUCAUGUCCGAGGCCCUUGCCGCGCUCUGCAAGCUCGACCGCCACUUCGUCGACACCACGCUGCUCGAGAAGUGUCUGUCCCGGACGAGCUUCGAUCGGCCGUCGGAGGACGAGGACGACAUGGCGAACUGGAACGUCAAGCUCAAAGAGCUCUACCCCGCCAUCGCCUCCUCCCUCAGACACGUGUUCAUGAGCGCGGUGCUCGAGACCAACCAGUUCCACAUCCUCAUGCGCUCCAACUCCAAGCUCAUCACCGGAGGCGACGAGAGCGGCCAGAAGACGGAGCUGGUCCGGGCGCUUCUCAACCUGUGGACCCAGAACACGACGCUGGCCUUCUUCCUCAAUUUGCGGCUCGCCUCGGGCAACAACAUCGACCCGGACGACCUGGAGAUGUUUGUGUAUCUGACGACGCUGCUCCUGAACAACCGCAACCCGCGGCCGGUGCGCCAAGCGGCAAUGACCGUCCUGCGGGCCUACCACCAUCUCUCCUCCUUCGCCGCCUCCAGACCGGUGGCCCUGGGCCGCGGGCUCCCGGGGGCCGAGCUGCUCCCGCUCGGGCUCAGACAGGCCCGCGCCAUCGUCGGGAUCGCCGUGCUCAAGGCGCUCCUCGAGACCUGGGUGUUUCGCGAGGAAGAGCGCGAGGUGCUGCGGCUGCUCAAGGCGUAUCUGGACCGGUUCAAGGAAGCGAUCGAGUGGAGCAAGCGGGGCCACAGCCCGGGGUUCCUGUUCGCCAGUGAGUCCAACACCCACGACUGGCUCGUCUUCGGCCACCUCCGCCUCGCCGUCCCGCUCGGCCUCUGCACCGUCAACCAAUACAACCUGGCACUCCUCCUGCGCUGCUCCAAGGAGCUCAUCAGAGUCUUCGAGAAGCAUCCCCACGUCCUGCGUCUCUGUUGCCUCGACGCGAGUCUAUCGGCCGCCCAGCUAUCGGCGACCUUGCAGGGCCUGCCGGACAACGGCAAAGGGCUCGGCGGUCAGCCCUCUUUCUCUCCGCAGGAAAACCAACCCUGUGCUUACGUGUGUGUGGUUCUUUCUGUGUGCAGGUCACGUGGCCCAGGCUAA